UUGAUAACCGUGCCAUAAACCGGAAGCACGUGUGGAAAUGCGCAUUUCUUUUAUCUGGAGAGUUUUCUAUGAAAUAUUUUGUCGUUGUUGCCUUGUACUGAACUGACACUGUAUUUAAUUACAGUUAAUCUUUCAGACAAGGAAAUUGUUAUGAAUAAUUAUUAACAGUGUAGAUGCAGUCAGGUAGUAUUGUAAGUCUUCAAAUUCAUUGUCGGACCAAUUCUCAUCAUAGCUACAAUUUAACUUGUUAGUUCUCAGCUUGUUUCUAGGGUUAACUUACCUACGUCGUUAACAUCAUGGUGAGAGCGCAAAGGGCGGUGAGGCAGCCGAAGCUCAAGAAGGCGACACAUCUUGACGGCGAUGACCCGGCAGCUUAUGAAGAUAUGCCUGUUCCAGACAAGAGAUCAUCUAAGUAUGUAGAGGACGAGAUUGCAGAAUUCCACAGCAAAAAGAUUGCGAAAUUGCUGGCUGAUGGAGUACAGGCAGGCAGUGACCAGGAGGACAUUGCUGAUGAGGAUGAGGUGAUGGCUUUAGAAGUUUCUGAUUCAGACGAGGAAGAUGACGACGAUGAGGAGGACGAAGAAGAAGAAGCAGAACAAGACGAGAUGGACAUGGACAGUGACCUUGAGGGAAAGAAGGGCGAUGACCUUCCCAAUGAAAUGGCUUGGGGACAUAGGAAGAAAAUGUUCUAUGAUUCUGAUUAUGUCGCUGCCAAAGGGAAGUCUCAGGAGGAGGUAGAGGCAGAGGAUGAGGAAGAGGAAGAAGAAGCAAAAAACAUCCAAAGACGCCUGGUGGGCAAUCUCAGCGAAGAGGAUUAUGACCUGCACCUCCUCCAGGCAUUUGCAGAAGUGCCCGAGGAAGCAGGGAAGCCUUCACAGAAGGAGGAGAAGAUUGUGAAGGAUCUGGAGAAGAUGUCCCACAAAGAGAAGUUGAAACUGCUGAAGAAGGAGUCCCCGGAGCUGCUGGAGCUCAUACAAGAUUUCAAGGCCAAGCUGGCUGAGCUGAGGGAUGAGGUGCAGCCUCUCUUGGAGAUGGUCAGCGACGGACGGAUCCCUGAGGGGAAGGGUGCAGAUUACCUCAGGACCAAACAGCAGCUCUACCUGAACUAUUGCACAAAUAUCAGUUUCUACCUGGUGCUGAAGGCCAAGAGAGUCGCGGCGCAGAGCCACCCUGUGAUCGAGAGGCUGGUCUCCUACAGGAACCUGAUAAAUGAUCUGGGAGAGGUGGAUGCCAGACUCGCCCCGCAGAUGCGCCAGCUGCUGUCCGAAGCCCAGCGACAGGAGGCCGCCAGGAAACCCGCGGGCAGCAAGCACGGCAGCGCCACCGGCAGGAGCACGAAGGUAACGGAAGAGUCCGGGUCGAAGGCUGAAGGCGAGUCCGAGUCGGACUUCGACGAGGAGGCGGCCCUGCGCUUCUACAGGGAGCAGGAGGCGAGGCUGAAGCAGAAGAGCAGGAAGCAUCAGCCCGAGGAAGAACCGGAGCAAGAUGAGGAUGAGCUUGACCCAGAGGCCAAGAGAGGCAUCACCUACCAGAUGGCCAAGAAUAAGGGCCUCACACCAAAGAGGAAGAAAAUCGACCGGAACCCACGCGUCAAACACCGGGAGAAAUUCCGCCGCGCCAAGAUCCGCAGAAAGGGCCAGGUUCGCGAGGUCCGUAAGGAAGAACAGAGGUACAGUGGAGAAUGGUCUGGUAUUCGUGCCGGAGUUAUAAAGAGUACCAAAUUCAAGUGAUGGAUCCAACGGCUUUCGAGAGGUUGACUGGAAAUGUUCUGCUGCAUUGGUCUUUCCAAAUAAAAAUAAUCGGGAAGUCCAAAGACACUUUUCUCAGAGCUAUCCUGAAUUUAACUGGGACUUACCAUUGUGCAGUUCUGUCUCAUGUUUCAGCUUUUGCAAUUAAAUCUUUGGUAAUCUUU